ACCGGAAAUCGGUCGGGCCGUGCCGCCAUGCCGCUGCGCGCCGUGUACCUGCUCAGCGCCCCCGGGCCCCGCGGCCGGGCCCGAACCUACGUGGGAUUCACGCACGACCCGUGGCGGCGGCUGCGGCAGCACAACGCGGGGCGGCACAAGGGCGGGGCGCGGCGCACGAGCGGGCGCGGGCCGUGGCAGAUGUUGCUCUACGUGCACGGCUUCCCGUCUGACGUGGCGGCGCUGCGGUUCGAGUGGGCGUGGCAGCACCCCGCCGCUUCCCGCCGCCUCCAGGACGCCAAGCCCCGCCCCCUUCCCGGCGAGCAGCCAAUCGCCUUCGCUCUCCGCAUGCUGCCCCGCCUACUCUGGGCCCCGCCCUGGCGCCGCCUCCCGCUCCGGCUCCGCUGGCUCCGCCCCCCUCCAGGCCCCGCCCUGUGCCCGGCCCCGCCCCGUCACGUGGUUGUGGAGAUGGACCCGGGGGGGCCGAGGCCGCGCCCCAAACAGCGGCACCCGCCCGCUAUGGGCACGGCCACUGUGUGCACGGUGUGCUCUGAGCCCUGCCAGGGCCCAACCCUGCGCUGCCCCCGCCCGCCCUGCCCUGCGCGCUGCCAUGCCCGCUGCCUCGCCCCACGCUUCCUAAGGUCGGAACCAAAGGAGCUGCUUCCACUGGGCGGGACCUGCCCAUGCUGCCAGCAGGAGGUGCUGUGGGGAGAGCUGAUCGGCCACGGGGAUGGCGACAAUGAAUGGGCUGAUCUGGGAGACCCUGCCUUGGGCCACUGGACAGAUGAGCUGCUGCAGGGCCAGGGGGAGGACCCUGAGUGAAGCCACCUCCUCAGCUGCUUUUUAACAUAAUUUAUUCCUAAUAAAGCAACAAACGGAA